CCGCCGGAGCCGCCGCGGCGGGCAGCCAAUCGGCUGCGGGGAGGGGCGGGACUUCCUGCGCGGGGGCCCGAGAGGCUCGGUGGCCCGGCUCCGUGGUCCCCGGCUAGGCGGCGGCGGCGGCGGCGGCGGCGGCGUCUCCUCCGUGGGGAGGCGCGCAGGGCCAUGACGUCAGCGUCCACAAAGGUGGGAGAGAUCUUCUCGGCGGCGGGCGCCGCCUUCACGAAGCUCGGGGAGCUGACGAUGCAGCUGCAUCCCGUGGCCGACUCUUCCCCCGCGGGUGCCAAGUGGACGGAGACGGAGAUAGAGAUGCUGAGGGCUGCGGUGAAGCGGUUUGGGGACGAUCUUAAUCACAUCAGCUGUGUCAUCAAGGAACGGACAGUGGCCCAGAUAAAGGCCACCGUGAAGCGCAAGGUAUACGAAGACUCUGGCAUCCCCCUUCCAGCUGAGUCGCCCAAGAAGGGGCCCAAGAAGAUGCCGUCUGGUGUCCUGUCCCCUCCUCCAGCUGCCCCGCCACCAAGCAGCUCCAGUGUCCCUGAGGCCGGGGGUCCCCCCAUAAAGAAACAGAAGGCUGAUGUGACACUCAGUGCUCUGAACGACUCGGACGCCAACAGUGACCUGGUGGAUAUCGAAGGGCUGGGAGAAACUCCUCCAGCCAAGAAACUCAACUUCGACCAGGACAGCCUGACCCGGGAUUCCGGCCUCCUCGUGACCUCUGCUGACCCUCCCCCGCUCUCUCGCUGCGCCUUCCGCCUCUGACCCCUGUCACUGUUCCCCCUGGACCUGUGGAGCGCCCGGGCCUCCGAGCAGGCCUGCCGAAGAGAAGGUCAAGAGGCUGCCGGGGCCCACACGCCUCGCCGCUCCUGUACGCGCAUCUGCCGCACCCCUCUGACCUCCUGCCGCUGGACUUUUUUAUACAGAAAACAAUAAAGAUUGCCCUCUCCUCCC